AUGUUCACCUCAACUUACAUCUCAUCUCAAUCUCAACCUCAGGCCCCCAGGUUUUCGCUCGACGCCGCCUCCGUCACCGUCAAGAAUGAAAAGACGGGUACCCUCGAGCGCAUCGACAUCCCGCCUCGCAGCUUCUGCAGAGGCUACUAUGAAAACCUGUGCCGCAUGUACGACCACCUCGGCGUGCCCUUCCAGCGAAUCCAGCUCAUCUGGGUGUUUGCCAAAGCCUCUGCCGCCACCCAGACUCAGAUCCCGAGCCACGAGGCCGCCGAGACGAUGCCCGGCAACUACUUUGUCUACGGCAAGCGGCUGCACGAGGCGCUGCUCAUCUCGCCGCAUUUCUGGCGCGGGUCGCUGCAGAACAUCCUGCAGACGUUUUACCUGGCCCUCUGCCACAUCUGGUUCUUCGCGGCGUGCUUCCUGCUGGCGCCGCGGACGAUCAGGCCCGAGGCGUAUCUGGAUGUGAAAUCGGCCACCAAGGACGUUGCCCACUGCGAGUCGUUUCGGCAGUAUCUCGAUCGCAUCCGGCUGCCGCAGAGCUACGUGCUGUAUUACCUGCUGCCCGUGCUGAGCAUCAUCUGCAGCUGUUCACACGCCGAGAUGCUGGAUUUCCCGGCCAGCGAUGUGACCGAGUUCAUGAAGGGAUCCUUUUUGCAAAAGACGUAUGUUGCCAGCGGCGGCAUCAACCGGGUCCAGGCAACGCUGGCCGAAGGAAUUGAGGACAUCCGGCUGGAAACUCGAGUGACAAAGGUGGACCGAGUUGACGGAGGUGUCUUGAUACGCUAUGAAAGCACGCGGGACGCCACACGCUCUGCUUCCGAGGAGACGUUUGAUCGUGUGGUGCUUGCCGUAUCGCCAAAUGUCGCAGCCGCAAUCUUUAAUCCGUCCAAGCCCAUGCUGAGCGUCAUCCCCACGGUUCCCGUCACAAGCACAGUCGUUGCUCCUCUCUCUUCAGGCUUGUCCGUUGUGCACGAAGAUACCCAUGUUCCGUCUGGACAGUGUUCAUAUCGCCGCGGAGACGCUCAAGUCAUGGCCUUUAGGACGACGUUUUCUGAGAGCGUCGUGCAGACCGAGUCAUUGCACUACCUGUCUGACGGACUGAUUGUUAGGACGAGCCCUGUUGGAGAUGCGCCCGAGCUGAAGGGGACACUGGACACAUCGAGGUUUACACGGACGUUGCGCACCACGGAGAGCAGAGGCAUGGUGCAGAGGGUCAUGGGCACGGGCAAAUCUGGUCUUGAAGAGACGGGCGUGUGGGUGAAUGGAAGGGAUAACGUGUGGAUUGUGGGAUCUUGGUGCUGGGAUGGCAUGGUGCUGCUGGAGGGAUGCAUUAUAUCGGCGAUGCGGGUGGCGCGAGAUCUCGGGGUGGCUAUCCCGUGGCAGCAGUAGAUUAUGCAUUUUCCUUUUGUUUUUAUUGUUCUUGUUGGUUGUUAGGAUGUCGCAUGGAGAUACCUCUGGGCUUUUGUGUUUGGCUUUGUUGAUGGAAGAAGUGCAUGUAUGGUUGAAUGAGCGAGUUUACGGUUUGAAGCGUUUUUGUUGUGUACUCUUCUUAUUCCAUUUGAUAGGUUCCAACAUGUUCAUAUUCUU